UCGAUCGAUAUGUUCGCCCUGGGGCGAUGGCUUCUCCCGCUGCUAUGUCUGAUCGGAUGUACUAACGCCGCCCGAAUCCUGGUCAUCGCCCCCUUUGAGUCCCAUUCGCAGUGCCUCCUGAUGACACCCUACAUAAGGGCCCUCGCCGCUAGGGGUCACCAGCUGACCGUGAUCCACGCUUUCCAGCAAUGCCAAUCCGUCGGCAAUGUGAAGUACAUACGCAUAACGGAUAACAAUAACGUAUAUUCAGAAUUCGAAGAGUUUCUGAUACAAUCUUUAACGGCAAACAAGUGGGGAGAAAUGAUUUCCAUGACGAGAAUUAUGAUUAACGCAUCGCUGAAUGUGCUCAAUAACUUUGAGGUUCGGCAGUUGGUCCAAUCGAAUACCACCUUCGACUUGGUAGUUGUGGAGCCCUCAUUCUCCGAUGUGCUCUUCGGCUUGGCAGCCCAAUUCAAAGCCCCACUGAUGGGUCUGUCAACGUGCGGAGCGGACUGGUACCUGAACACCUUGGUGGGGCUUGAGUCAUCCAUGAUUCUGGAACCGCUUAUGCCUAUGGGGGCGAGACCUGUGAAGCAUCUGUGGGACCGCAUGUACAAUUGGUACUACACCACCGAGGAAUGGCUGCUGGUACAACUAGUAUUCCUUCCCAAACUGCGAAUGGUUCAUGAUCACUUCUUUGGGCACUUGGAACAGACCUUCUCGGAGAUCCGUAACAGCUUCUCUCUGAUUCUACUCAAUCAACACUUUAGCCUGUUUCGGGCCAGGUCGAGUGUGCCGGGAAUGGUAGAAGUGGCCGGCUUUCACAUCCCCAAAGAGGACCCAAAGUUGCCCAAGGAUCUGCAGCAGUUCAUCGACGAAGCGGAGCAUGGUGUAAUCUUCUUUGCAUUGGGUGUGGAGUUGCAGAGCAAGGAUUUGCCGGUGGAAACGCAGAAAAUGUUUCUGGAGACGUUUAAGCUGAUGCCGCAGCGCGUAAUCUGGAAAUUUGAAGGUGAGCCACCGUGUGCGGUAAGCGAUAAUGUCUAUCUGGCAAAGCUGUUGCCCCAACAGGCCAUCCUGGCCCAUCCGAACGUGAAGCUCUUCAUUAGCCACGGCGGAAUGCUGAGCAUCAUCGAGGCCGCUUACUAUGGAAAGCCGGUGCUGGGCAUGCCUAUUUUCUUCGAUCAAUUCCGAAACCUACGUGUGCUCGUGGAAGACGGGGCUGCCCUCCAGUUAAGCAUCAACAGCGUGGCUGGGGAGGAGUUCAAGGAGGCUAUGGAUCGUCUGGUAAACGAGCCGAGUUACCGAGAAAAUGCAAUGGCCUUAUUGAAAAGAUUCAGAGAUCAGCCCAUGCAUCCCCUGGAUGUGGCCAUUUACUGGACGGAGUACAUCGUGCGUUACAGGGGAGCAAGUCAUAUGAGAGUGUAUCCUGCCUACAUAAAGCUGGUCGACUACUAUUCCGUGGACAAAUUCCUGAUGGUGGGAAUCCGCUUGACCUUGGUGGUGGUCAUCGUGUUUUUUACGCUUUCCAAGUGGAGGUGCCUCCUCGCCCAUUUGGCCCGACUGGCGGAGCGGGUUUGGCCCAUCCACAUGGUGAUGAGUUGCGUUAUUAGAAUAUAUAAGUACUUUAGUUUAAAGUUAAACUUUUAAAUAGGUUUAUUUACAUUGAGGCAAGAGCAGGUUUCAUAAUAAUUGCGCAAUAAUUCAGCAGUUGUAAGUAUUAGAGGUUAACAAUCUGCAAUGUUAUUUGGUAUGAAAUUGAUUAUUUUUAAAUUUAUGCAAGCAGAGUAUUAAUUCUAUGUUUUUGGGGAUAUAAUGCUGAAUAAUACUUAACAAUCAGUGGUAUUCCAACCGCUCACCAUCUGCGUAGUUAGAGUAAAAAUUCAUAUAUUUGAGUGCUUUCAAUUGGAUUGUAAUAACUUUUAUUAAGAGCUGUCCAAACUUUAUCUAAUCUUAAUUAUCCCCUUUUUUAUGAUAGUUAAAAGUGUUUCCAGGUUUAUUUUUGGAAUCGAAUAAGUGCUUUUGUCUAGGCGCCGUCGGCUAAUAUUUUUCCCAUUGUAUUAAAUUGUUGAGGAAACUUAAGGACGAUAUAUGAUAUACAAUAAAAUUUAUAAAAGCGUA